GAUGGGCAAUAAUACCCAAAUUUUGUUUCACAGAAAGGAGAAUCGAAAAUGAUGCCCUAAUUUCCGCGUUAAUCAACAAUUAACUUUCCUCCUCCUCUUUUUGUUUUUUUUUUCCUUUUCAAUUUUCUCUUUAAAUUCUCGCUUUUAUCAACUCGCUUUUUGGAAGAGUUUCAGAUUCAGUGCAUGUCGGCUAUGUUUCUACAUGCCGAAUGACUCUGUUGACGAGGGAAAAAAAAACCACAAAUUUGAAUCAUAGUAACCCUUAAACACUACGGAGAGAUAGGAGACAAUCUAAUCUCACUUAGGAUUAUUCAUCGUCCAUGUUUUCGUGCAUAUUCGUUUUUUAGGUUCCAGCAUCUUCUUGAAAUUCUUCUCAAGCUCCACGAAAAUUUCUCAGCCUUUUCGCCAUUAUCCUUCCCCAUCGAAGUUUCCUCUUUUAUUGGAUCCGAGACAUUGCAAGAUUUGAUCUUUUUACGAAUCAUAUCAUUAUCAGACAUUCCCAUUUUCUGGGUAAUUGGGAUUGGUUGCCUUGGAUUUCACUCUAUCAUUUCUAGGGUUUGUGUCGGUUGUGUUUGGCGUAUACCCUUUUGACGCCUAAUGAGCUUGACCGUGAAAAGAUUGGUCCUUGGUGAUCGCAGUGUUCAAUUCGAUAAGUUCCGGGAUUGAUUCUUUUUCAAAAAGAAUAUAGCCUUUUUUUCUGUGAGAUUUAUCCGUUUAAUAUUUUAAUUCCUUUUUUUUAACGGUGAUGCGAGAAUAUCAGAGCAAGAUUCUUGUGUUAUUAUGUUUAGAUUAAAGAAUUGUGAGGGCCCUGUGCGCUUCUUGUAUCAGCAAACUAGGCAGCACCCUCACCGUAACAAUCUUAUGGCUUAUUUAGUUGGUUAUGAUCCUUGUUCCCAUUUGAGCAAGGCUUUUUCUCAUUACCCUUCUCUAUCUUCUUCUGCUCGUGGUAGCUGCCUGUCUUUCCCAUUUCUCCAAAAUCUUGUUUAUGCUAAUGUUUUUGGGGUUAGCAGAAGCAUUGGUUUUGGGCCUAGAGGUUGUAGCAAUGACACUAGUGGUAGUUGUAGUAGUUAUAGUGACAGGAUCCUUGUGAGGGCAAAGGCAAGGCCCCGUGGCUUUGUAUCGAAUCGUCGGCAACAGAUGUUAGCGGAUUUGGAGCAAGGGAAUUCUGUAAGGAGCGAUGAAUGUGAUGCUAAUUUGGUUAAGGUUGAUAAUGGGUCUAUAAAUGGAAGUCCUGCCAAGCCUCCUUGUUUCAGUGAUCACCGGUUGUCCCAGAAACUUGUUGUUGCUGUUGAUGUUGAUGAGGUAUUAGGAAACUUUGUGUCAGCUCUCAACAAGUUCAUUGCAGAUCGAUACUCAUCAAAUUAUUCAGUUUCUGAAUAUCAUGUGUAUGAAUUCUGUAAGAUAUGGAAUUGUUCACGUGAUGAAGCUGAUAUCCGUGUUCAUGAGUUUUUUAAGACACCAUAUUUCAAGUCAGGGAUCUACCCUCUUCCAGGUUCUCAGACGGCUCUUCAGAAGUUAUCAAGAUUUUGUAGCCUAUCAGUUGUAACCUCACGGCAGAAUGUAAUUAAGGAUCACACAAUCGAGUGGUUAGAGAAGAAUUUUCCAGGGCUUUUUCAUGAGAUUCACUUUGGUAACCACUUUGCUCUUGAUGGGGUGUCAAGACCAAAGUCAGAAAUUUGUAGGUCUUUAAAUGCCAAGGUUCUUAUUGAUGAUAACCCCCGAUAUGCCAUGGAGUGUGCUGAAGUUGGAAUUAGAGUCCUACUUUUUGAUUAUGAAAACUCAUAUCCUUGGUGCAAGAACGAGUCUGUUGAUCAGCACCCUCUGGUGACCAGAGUUAAGAACUGGGAAGAAGUGGAACAACAAUUAAUGUCAUUGAUAGCUUCGUAGUCUUUAAAUCUUGUAGCAAGAAUUUGUGGAAAACCACCCUUUCUUCAUGAAGUUCUGGACUAUAUGUGGUAUAUUCUUGGAGAUUGAACUCACUUAAGUGGCUGCAAGGAAACCGUGGUCCCAGACUAAAAUAGGCUGAGGCUAAAGAACUAUAAAUGACAGCUUUUUAUAUUCUUUUUCCGAUUUUGAGCAACAUUGAGAUACAGUGAAAUAGGAAGUUGUUCGUUAUGGUGGAAUUUAAUGUGAUUUUACCAUACGGAUAACCAAAGAUUUGUUUACACCCUCCAUGAAUGUAGGAGUGAAAUCUAAAUCAUAUUGCUUAUACUAUCCUGCAGUUCACACUUCAACCGUCAAAUUGUAUGACCUCUGAUUAUACAUGAAAUUAAAGUUUAAAACCCAUCAGGGGUUUUAGGCAUUGGAUUCUAUUGUACUUAUUUUACAGUUUAAUGUUGUUUUAUCUAUAUGUUUUAGUCUCCUUAAUUGUUGGAUUCGUGGGCAUUCAAGCCUAGAAAUGGUGAAAUGUAUAACUAGAUGGAUAGGAAAUGUUACUUCUGCAA